AAUUGUCCAAAUUAUUUAAUGAAGUAUCAUCAUCAUCAUCAUCAUUAAUAUUAUUAUUAUUAUUAAGAGAUAAACAAUAAACUUGAGAAAAGGAUUGGACAAAGUUUGGCAGUGAAAAAUUUGGAAGAAAACAACAACAAAAAAAAGGGGGAGGAAGAAAAAAUGUAUUUCUCAAGACGCAUGCGCAGAAUGGAGAUACACGAGGAGUUAAACAGAAAUAGCAGUAGUAGUAAUAGUAGUAGUAGUAGUAGUAGUAGUAGUAGUAGUAGCAGGAAGUCAACUAGGAGUACAACAAGAAGCAUCAGUAGUACACUUGACGAUCAGCAAUCAACAACAGCAAACUUCUGUUGUCCAAGUGGUGGUUAUUGUUUUUGUUGUUGUUGUUGUCGUUGUUCGAACGGUGUUACGAUGAAUAAUAAGGAAUGUAAAAUGAAUAAUAUGGAAGAACAUGAAAAUAAGGAUGACUGUAUUAUUAAUAAUAAUAAUAAUCAUCAUCAAUUUGCAACGAGAACUUGUGUACUUUGUGAAAGGUUGCAUGGAUCUUCAUUGAAUUCGUCUGAUCAUCGUUUUGAUGAAAUUGAUACGAAUUAUUAUAAUAAUUCAUCGUCAACAUCUUCAUCUUCAUCGUCAUCAACGUCAACGUCAACGUCAUCGUCAACGUCAUCGUCUCCGAAAUAUUGUCGUUCGUUUUAUGAAGUAUCAUCGAAGAGUAUUAGAAGAAAAGAUGACAAAGAUAAAUGGAUUACAAGAGAAAAUAAUUAUUCGUCUAUGCAAAAUCGUGGAGAAAAUUCAAGAUACGCUUCUAGUGUUGUACGGUGGAAAAAUUUGUGUUAUUGGAGAUUAGCGUUCAGUAUUGCCCUAUUCCUUGCAUUAACUUUCCCGCCUAACGCUGUCGCAAGUUUGCAAAGAAAACAUUCGGUUGGGUACUCCAAAAAAGACGGGGUGUGCCAAAGUAUAGACAUAAGAAACAGCGUGAAUCAAUUCUCAAGACUGCAAGGAUGUCGAGUAGUCGAAGGAUUCGUCCAAAUUCUCCUAAUCGAUCAUGCCGACGAUUCGGCCUUUGCGAAUCUCACCUUUCCAGAUUUGGUUGAAAUAACGGAAUACCUCAUUUUAUACAGAGUAAACGGAUUACGAAGCGUCGGCCGUCUAUUUCCAAACUUAACAUUGAUUCGUGGUCAUUCUUUAUUUAUUAAUUAUGGGAAAUAAACCAAAGAAUGAUUGUCCGAUAUGUGAAAAAAAUUGUACUACAAGAUUGAUUAGCAAUAAGCCUGAUGAGACAUUUUGUUGGAAUCGACAACACUGUCAGCGAAUUUGCGACAGAUGUUUGGAAGGUGCCUGCGAUGCAUCAGGUCAGUGCUGUCAUCCAUCAUGUUUGGGAGGUUGUACAGGAAGAACAGCAAAUGAUUGCAAAGUUUGUAAGAAUGUAUUAAUUGGACCUAAUCAAUGUGGAGAACGAUGUCCAGAAGGUACAUAUGAGUUUAUGAAUCGUCGUUGCAUUGGUGAGGAUGAAUGUCGUAGAAUGGUGAAGCCACGUGAAGCUUUAAGUAUUGUCAAAGACUAUCCAUAUAAACCAUUCAAUGGUAGUUGCAUAAUUGAGUGUCCUGCUGGAUACAUGGAUGAAGAAGUUAACAACAAGACAUCUUGUAGAAAAUGUAAGGGUCCUUGUUUAAAAGAAUGUCGUGGUACCAGUGUUGACAGUAUUGCUUCAGCUCAGAAGUUACGUGGUUGUACUCACAUAACUGGUAGCCUUGAGAUUCAAAUAAGAGGUGGUAAAAACAUAGUCAACGAGUUGGAGGAUAGUUUGAAUAUGAUAGAAGAGAUCGAUGGUUAUCUGAAAAUUGUCAGAAGUUUUCCACUGAUAUCGUUGAACUUUUUAAAGAGUCUCAGAGUUAUAAGAGGAAAUUCUUUGGACAACAACAAAUAUACUCUUGCUGUUUUGGAUAAUCAAAAUCUUCAAGAACUUUGGGAUUGGAGUACGCACCCUAAUAUUGCUAUUUACUCCAAAGACGGGCCAGCCAAAGUAUUCUUUCAUUUCAAUCCUAAGCUUUGCUUUUAUAAGAUUGAAGCUUUGAGAAAAAAGGCACAUCUUCAAGAAUUUACUGAUCUCGAAGUUGCACCUAACAGCAAUGGAGAUAAAGUAGCUUGUAAUGUUACUGAAUUGAAAACAGUUGUCACCAAAACUACAUCGGAUGCAGCAUUGAUCGAAUGGGAACAAUUCACUCAUCAUGAUCCCAGAUCGUUACUGGGAUACGUUGUAUACUUUAUCGAAGCACCUAAUGAAAAUGUGACCAUGUAUGAUGGAAGAGAUGCUUGUGGAGGUGAUGGUUGGAGAGUUGAUGACGUUUCUGCCAUUGAAGGAACUACCAAAUCUGUUACUCCUAAUUAUACAGAACCAGAAAAAACAACAUACCUCUCUCACAUCCUAACACAAUUGAAACCAUUCACGCAAUACGCAUUUUAUGUAAAAACAUACACCAUCGCUACAGAGAGGUCAGGUGCUCAAAGCAAAGUUACAUAUUUUACCACCAAACCCCAUGCACCCAGUGCACCCAGAGCUCUUACAACUCGUAGCAAUUCUAGCAGCGAAAUUAUAAUCUCUUGGUCUCCACCUUUAAAAAAGAAUGGUAAUCUUACGCACUACAGAAUUAUGGGACGUUGGGUAAAAGAUGAUUCCAGUUUUAUCGAUCAAAGAAACUACUGCGAUGAACCAAUGCCUUUGCCAGAGAAAAAAUCGAUCUCUGUCAUAGCUGAGGAAGAAAGAAAACGUGCUGAAGAAGAAUUAGUUAAAAUACCAGACUUAGCUUCCUGCGAUUGUGCUGACAGGGAAUUGGAUCAAUCGAUGCGCGAAAAAGAAGUUUCAAGUUCUAUUGCAUUUGAGGAUGCUUUACAUAAUCAAGUUUAUGUGAAACGAAUAGAUGCUCGUAGAAGACGAGACACUUCUGAGAUACUUCGAGCAGUCAGAAUGAUGGAACAAAAUAUCACCCAGGCGGAAGCUUUGCAGAAAAAAUAUCCAAAUGAAGAGAUGAUAAACAAUACGUAUAUCACAUUCGACAGAAUAGUACCCACACCAAAUCUCAGUUACGUUGUGAAAAAUCUUCGACAUUUUGCUUAUUAUAACAUCGAAGUACAAGCUUGUCGUGAAGUUGUGAAAAAUGAUACCAAUGAUACUUGCUCGACUAAGAGUAUGAAGACUUAUCGGACUUUACCGUUAAAAGGAGCUGAUAAUAUUCCACCUAACACAUUGAAAUGGACUAAGAUAAAAACGAAUAAUACUUUUGAUAUUAAGCUUACUUGGGCAGAACCAUCGGAACCCAAUGGUUUGAUCGUUACUUAUCAAAUCGAAUAUAAGAGAGUUGAUAUACUAAAUAUAAAAGCAACGGUAGUUUGCAUCACCAGACGUGAUUUCAAUGCAUCUGGCAAUGUCUACUAUCUUAAAGAUCUUCCACCUGGCAAUUACUCGGUUAAGGUCAGAGCUACCAGCUUGGCCGGAAAUGGAAAUUAUACCGAGCCGUCAUAUUUCUUCAUCGAGGAAUCCAAUAUUGGACUCUAUUGGGUACUAUUUUGGUCGAUAUUUUGUAUUUUGGUCGUGAUCCUGUCACCUGCAGUCCUUUAUUUCUGCAAAAAAAAGUAUAUGCGUAACGUUCCUAGUGUUAGACUCAUAGCAACUGUUAAUCCCGAAUACGUGAGUUCAGUUUACGUGCCCGACGAAUGGGAAGUACCUAGAAAGAAAAUUCAAGUUUUGAAAGAAUUAGGAAAUGGGUCUUUUGGAAUGGUUUACGAAGGUUUAGCCAAAGACGUUGUUAAAGGGAAACCUGAAGUUCGUUGUGCUGUUAAAACUGUUAAUGAGAAUGCGACUGAUAGAGAAAGAAUAGAAUUUCUCAACGAAGCGUCUGUCAUGAAAGCUUUUAACACUCAUCACGUGGUAAGAUUACUCGGUGUAGUAUCUCAGGGACAACCUACAUUGGUAGUAAUGGAACUCAUGGUGAAUGGUGAUUUGAAGACUUACCUGAGAAGUCAUAGACCUGACGUUUGUGAAAAUUUCUCAAGACAACCGCCGACUUUGAAGAGAAUAUUACAAAUGGCAAUUGAAAUAGCCGAUGGCAUGGCUUAUCUUGCUGCAAAGAAAUUUGUUCACAGAGAUUUGGCAGCAAGAAAUUGUAUGGUAGCCGAAGAUCUUACAGUCAAGAUCGGUGAUUUUGGAAUGACCAGGGAUAUCUAUGAGACUGAUUAUUAUCGUAAAGGUACCAAAGGUCUUUUACCUGUAAGGUGGAUGGCACCGGAAAGCUUGAAGGAUGGCGUCUUUACAAGUUUUUCCGAUGUUUGGAGUUAUGGUGUCGUUUUAUGGGAAAUGGUAACUCUUGCCUCUCAACCUUAUCAAGGCUUGUCGAAUGACCAGGUAUUACGAUAUGUAAUCGAGGGAGGUGUUAUGGAACGUCCUGAAAACUGUCCAGACUCUCUUUACAAUUUAAUGAGACGUACUUGGUGCCAUAAAGCAACAAGAAGACCAACUUUCAUCGACAUAGCUACGAUAUUGCUACCAGAUGUUAAUUUGGAAGAUUUUGAACGUGUCAGUUUUUAUCACAGCUCUGAAGGCAUCGAAGCGAGAAAUCAAAAUAUGUCGCAUUCGCCACAAACUGACAAGGAUCUGGAGAUGACCACUCUUCAAGAGUUUCGCGAAGAGGAAGCUGAAGGAGAAGAAGAUUCUCCUUUACGUCAGGAUUUUGGGGAUUUUGCAAGUUUCGAGCCAACCAGUAUUAAAAACAGUUUAAGCCCACGUUACACAGAGCCAUACGGUGAGAAUUCUAAAACAACAACGACGAACUUCCAUGACAUGAAUUUGUCUAAGAUACCAUUGAAAGCAGGUUUCGAUGAUUUCGAUGGUAUUUCAGGAGAUUCUUUAGCGUCGAGCAAAGAUACGUUAAAUUUACCAUUCGUCGAGGAUAGUUUGAAAUCUGUUAAAAAUUCGCCAUUCAUUCAUGCUAAAAGUACAUCAAAAGGAAUCGAUAAUCAAACGUCAACAGGAAGGGCAACGAGUCUACAAAAUUUGAUCAAACAACACAUACAACAGCAACAACGAACGCAAGAAGAUAGUCCAAUAUCGAUCAAAUCUAAAUCCAAGAAAAAUCCUGAUUAUGAGAAUAGUAGUCCGAUGAUAUUAGCGAAUUAUGAAAGAAACUUUUCUUUUCCAUCGUUAUCGUUGAACACUUUAGAAAUUGACGUUGACAUUGAAGGAAAAGAUAGACGCCAUUCGCCAAGAGUCGAAUAUAUGAACGAACCUGAAACUUUGAACAAUGGUUACAUCGGUGGUAAUAAUAAAAAAACGUAGUCCAUUUACACAAUGGCAAUUCUUCUUUAUAAUUACAAUAUAAUCAUCAACGACGAAUUUGUAACUAAGACUCAACAAACUCAUAGCUCAUUUAUUUCUCGUCGCUAUGAACAAAAAACAAAACAAAAAUAAAAAAAGAGAGAAAGAGAGAAAGAAAGAAAGAAAGAAAGAGGAAAUAAAUUGUAAUUAAAGAAAAUAAUAGAAAAAAAGGCAGUGUCUAGAACGAAAGGAUAGGAAAACGUAUUUAUCAUUUAUUAUUUAUCAAUGAACAAUAAUCUUAAGUUGUAAUCGCGCGCGGGGCAUUUUGUUAAUGACAGAGUUCCAAGCUAACAUGAAAGAACAAUUAUAAAAGAAUUGAUGAUUAUUAUUAUUAUUUUUUUUUUUUUUUUGUUAAAUAUUAUUAUAACGACGUCUCAAUUCCGUCUCUCUCUCUGAUAUAGAUAUAAAUAAAUAUAAUUAUAAUUCAUUAUCAUUAAUUUUCACAUUGUGCAUGUCCACGAAUAAGUAAUCGAACAGAUUGAUUAUUGUUGAUCGUUAAUGAAAUCAUUUAUUAAUUUAUACAUACAUAUACAUAUACAUAUAGAUAUAUAUAUACAGAAAAGAUACUGCCUUUUUAAUGAUCAUUUCCUGGAUGAUAGAAUAAACGAAAGAGAGAGAGAGAGAGAGAGAGAGAGAGAGAAUGUAGCUGAUUAUACAUGGCAGCGAAUAGAAUAAAAACAAAAAUACUAUUUUAAAUAAUAAUAAUAAUAAUAAUAAUAAUACUAAUAAAGUCAACACACAAUUAUAAAUGUACAUAAUUAUGCAAGAUGAAUUAAUUUAUAUAUUACGUAUAAUCUCGUUACGAAUUUUUCAAUAAGCAAAGACCGAGAUAAUACCAAUCCUAAAUCGCAAUCAUUGUCGUCACUUUAAUCACAGCUCUCGAAUAAAUAAAUAAAAUCGUAUUAAUAAUUAUUAAUAAAUGAAUAAAAAAAAAA